ACAGCAAAAGAUUAUUCACACGUAUUCAGACAAUUAUGUUACUUAUUUAGGCGAUUUUCAGUGUAAGAUUUUUAACUCGAACGCGUUUGAUAAAGGCAUUACUACGCGCGCGGCACGUAAGAUUUUGCGCGCGUGAGGUUGGCAACGGGUGGUCCGGCUGGAGCCUGUCAAAGCGGUCUCUUUUCGUUCCGACUGUCACUGAAGCACCAGUGGAAACAUUGUGAGUUUGCCAUGCACGCCGUCCGUGGCAAGUGUGGCUUUGUGAAGAAGUCGAAGGCGGAAAGAUGUGGGAAGGUUUCUCGCGUCCAAUUCCUGCGGCAUUCCGCGAGUCGUCAUGAGGUUGUGGCGAAACAACCGGAUCACGAUCUCAGGAAAGGUCGCCGCAUUGUCGAUCUGAAAACUUUGGCCACAAACAUGUGGUGUGACAAUUGCAAUGACUCUCUGAGUCUUCGCCAUCUGCAGAGCGAGGAGUCUCGUGGGCUUGCAUCCAUUUUCACUGUGCGAUGUCAUCGCUGCUUGGCACUUGCCCAAGUGAUUUCUGACAAGCCUACACGAUCUCCUAAGUCUGGUCGACUUGUAUUCUCCGUCAACUGCAAAGCUGCUUUUGGUGAGUUUCAAUUACCUUGUUGGGUUCAGUUGCAUUUCCGUUCUAGUCCCACGUGUUUUCGGUGCGGGAUGUCUGUCCACAUGGGCAACAUAACCUGUGCUGUCAUAGUUUCAUUCAUCCAUUCCUGCAUGCAUGGUUUGCUUCUUGUCUUCUCCAUCAGUAACAAGUGUGCAUUUCCUGUUACAGCCUGCAUUGACACUGGUGUGGCCCACGACCAGCUGAACAAGUUUUUGUCAGCUGUCAAUGUACCUCCUAUUCCGAGAAAUACCAUGAAAGUGGCCGAAGGAAUAGUUUCACCUGCUAUCAUUCAGACUGCUCAUAAUUCUUGCCAGGAGGCCAUAGAGGAAGAAAGGGAAUUGACUCUGAAAGCUUCAAGAAGUGAAGGCGAGCUUUCUGCUCUUCCUGAAGAACGGGCUGUUGACAAUCCAGCAUUGAACACUUCCAAUGCCUCAGACUCUCCAACUGAGCAGAUUUCUGAAGAAUGGGCUGUUGACGAUCCAGCAUUCAACUCUUCUAUUGCCUCAGACUGUCCAACUGAGGAAAUUUCUGAAGAAUGGGUUGUUGACGAUCCAUUUAACUCUUCCCAUGCCUCAGACUGUCGAACUGAACAGGCUGAAGUGAAUCAAGAUAAGCCGGAUGAUGUAGUGCCAAUUACUUGUAAAUACGAUUUUGGCUGGAACAAGAGGGGUAAUGGCCAUGCCUACGAUAGUCACAGCGGCCACGGGUCUGCUAUUGGAAACUACACUAACAAAGUGGUUGCUUACGAUGCAAUGAGCAAGUAUUGUGCCUUAUGUGCUCGUGGCCACUCUGCACAGGACCAUGAAUGCGCUAUAAAUUAUGGUGGCUCAUCGAAAGGAAUGGAGCCUUUCACAGCAGUGAAAAUACUCCUGAAGAACGAGCAAUUUAGCCAAGGGAGAGUUCGGCUAGGAACCCUAGUUGGAGAUGCCGAUUCAUCGACCAUGGCUGCACUGAGUAGAGAGAGCGCCUUCCCCAUUAGAAAGUUUUUAGACUUGAAUCAUGGUCUCAAGGCAUUUUCCAGGGCACUAUGGGUUCUGAAGAAAAGUACUUUCAAGUGGCUCACUGCUGAAGCUAUCAAGAAUUUGACAAGCCGUUGUCUGGGUUAUGCCUUGGCUCAGAAUAGAGGGGAUGUUGAAGCUACAAGGAGGGCUAUCAUGAACAUUCCAGAGCAUGUGUAUGGUAACCACACUUCCUGUGGCGACUGGUGCAAGGCGAAGGAUAACCCUAAUUAUGUCUUCAAAGAUUUUCCCUCAAAGCAGCCUCUAAGGGACCCAGCAUUCAAGGCAACUCUUAUCAAGAUGCUACAAGAUAUGGCAGACAAUGCAGAGCAACUUGCUCCUGGUGGAUCCAUUCAGCAAAACGAGUCAUUCAACCACAUGGUUGCUACAAGAGCACCUAAGUCUCGUCACUAUUGUGGCACCAACUCCAACUAUUUACGAGUAUCUGCCACAGUUUCCUACAAGAAUUUGGGAGCCGAGCACAGUGAGGCAGUUUUCAAAUCCGCCAACUUGUCCCCCACCGUCAAUGCCUUCAGGGUAUCUGUGCAGAGACGUAGGGAGUGGAAGGCUCGUUACCAAAGCAGGCUUGACGUCAAGAGUAGACGACUCCAUCUCAAGACCAAAAACCUCUGGGCAGAAGCAGAUGCUGCACGUAAAGAUGGACCAAGUUAUGAGAGUGGCAUGAGUGGUGUCAUGGAACGUGCAGUUGCUAGUUCUGAUUGCUCAAGUGACUGGCUUCCUCCUCCCUGUGACAUUUCUCCUGAUUGUGCUGUAGUGUAUGUGGACAUUGAGACAACUGGAUUUCUUGCAACGGACCAGAUUGUUCAGGUAGCUGCAAAGUGUGGUGACAGACAGUUCUCAGUAUUCAUGAUGCCAACGGUUUCAUUUCAUGCGAUAGCUUCUGCCAAAACUGGCUUCAAGGUCUUCCGUGGAGAACUCAUGUAUAGAGAAGAAGUGCUCACCACUACUCCUCCUCUCAAUGCUGCAGAACAAUUCAUUACAUUCCUUGCAGAGUGUGGUCCGCAAGUUUUGCUGGUAGGGCAUAACAUCAUUCGCUUUGACGCUCCACGAAUUGUUCAGUGGUUAGAAGAUUUGUCCUGUCUCAAAGACUUCUGUGAAGUGGUUUGUGGCUUUACUGACACUAAGCCUCUCAUCAAGCAGGGUAAGGUGGGUGGUCAAGAGGAGCUCGCUAAGACCUAUCUUGUUGGACCAGAGUGGGAAGUGCACCGUCAAGGAGCUCAUAAUGCUUCUUCAGACGUUAUCCUACUUGAAGGCUUAGUGCGCCACUUUAAAGUAGGUGUGAACACCCUGAAAACCUCUGCAGUGUCUUCAAGAGAAUUUUUCAUGAACAGAGCCAUGCUGAAGAGGAGGAGAUUUUUGCUACCGCAGCUGGCAGAGCUCAAAGGCAAAGUCUCUGACCUCAUGAUUGGGCGAAUGGCAGCUCAUGGUGUAACCAUUUCAGACUUGCAGCGUGAGUUCGACAAGAAUGGUGUGCCUGGGCUCACCAUCUUCCUUGGCAUGCACAUCAACGGUAAACCUCGUGUCACAGCUAGCAAGAAGAUAGUGAACGCCAUUGCUGAGCACAUCAGUGGCAAAGAGAAUCUGCCUCCAUUGUGAGUGGCAGUGUCUUUUAUUUAUUAUAUGAAGUUGUUGUUCGACGCCAAGUACAUUAGUGGUACGGAGAAUUUGUUUGAAUUGUGACUUGCAGUGUUGUGCACUAUGUAUUGUGAAGUGUAAAUAUUGUUUAUAGUUUUGUCAGUUGUGUCAAUAAUUGUGAUAUUUGUAAUGGAGCCAUGAAGUUUUCCAUUAAAAGGAAUGAUGAUCUCAAGUGUUUGCUGUUCCUUUCCUCUCUUUCCUUGGCCCUUACAAGUCUAAAGCCUCACUUACACUGAAAUCACCAAAACUCUUUACCCAAAACCUAGUGGCUGACUUAGUAAGGCAUAGGAGAAGUAACAAAUUCCAUAAUUCAAGGUAAUACAAUGAGGGCCAGAGUCACUAGUCCAAUACACAAGUAGAAAAUUAAAAAAAAAUAAUUAUUCAGUAAUCUGUUUUUUUUAUUUGAUUCAAUACUUUAUUUUUCGAAAUGACAGAUCAAAAGAAUGUGUAGCUAUCCAAAAAUGUCUGCAGCAGGCAACGUUCAACCUGACAGGCCUGCCAGCGGAGGGCCCCGCCCGACCCGACGGUGGCGGUCUCUCCCGAGCGUUUGAAUCUCGGCGACUUUCCCGGCCCCGCAAGUUUCCCCGCACGCCGCUGGCGGAGGGGGCGCCAAGCGGCCGGAAGGGCAGCCGACGGCCGAAUUUCAGGCGGUUUUUUGCUUAGAUAUUUAUUAUUUGGUCAGGAACUGCCUUGUUUUUCGCAAUAUUAUGAAACUUUGUUACUUUUCCUAGCCGUAGAUAAGUUUUUCUCGAAGCUGUUAAUACUCUAUGUACCUUUAUUUUCAAAUUUACGGGUCUGGUCGGGAGGUCUCCCAUAAGAGCCCAUGUUAAAAAGUCAAACUUUAAGUUAACUUUACUCAAAAUUGAGCCCAGGAAGAUAUAUUUUGAAGAGUGCCAUCGUAUUCAGCGCGCUUUUUUCUAUUGAUAUGAUUUAAAAUUAGGACUUUUUCAA